GAAGACGACAGUGUCUGAUUUUGGAGCCAGGGGCGAGUGCAAUUGAAAUGCAUAUCUUGGCCGAUCUAGAAAAGAUCUUUGACUGGAAUGGCCUGGAGCCACAGUGCUGUGUCUUUAAGCACACUAUAGCCCCAAGGGAGGUGUUCUUGUCGCUCAGGCCGCACUAGCCAAUCAGGUCCUUCUGACCUGCCAGUCAGAAGCGGUGUCGAGCUCUUCCGGGCAGCCGCCUUCAGACUCGGCUUUGCCUUGGCGCUGGCGACAGUGUUUUUGUGUGCUGCGAUGACGUUGCUGCUGCAGGGAGAUGAUGAACUGAGAACUUUGGCGAUCUGGAAAACCACAACAUGUUAUACAUAUUCCCAACAGAAAGCUCUUAUUUACACUGCAUGGCCAGACAGACUGUGAGUGAGUAACCAUGGCAACACUCUGCUGGGAGCCAGGCUCUGGUGCUGUGCAGAGGGCAGUGACCUAUGAUGAUGUGCAUAUCAACUUCACUCAGGAAGAGUGGAAUUUGCUAGAUGCUUCCCAGAAGAAUCUCUACAAAGAUGUGAUGCUGGAGACCUACAGGAACCUCGCUACUAUAGGAUGCAUUUGGGAAGACCAUAAUAGUGAAGAACAUUGUCCAUGUUCUAGAAGACAUGAAAGGAUUGAAAGAAUUCAAACUGGAGAGAAACUUUCAGUUUACCUUCAGUGUGGUAAACCCUUGACAUAUGACAGUCACCUUAAAUGGAAUGAAAAAACAAAGACUGGAGAGAAACCCUAUGAAUGUAAUCAGUGUGGUAAGGUCUUUUCAGGUCACAGUAAUCUACAAAAGCAUAAAAGGACACAUACUAGAGAAAAACCCUAUGGAUGUUAUCAGUGUGGUAAGGCCUUUGAUUGUCACAGUGAUCUUCAAAGGCAUGAAAGAACACACACUGGAGAGAAACCCUUUGAAUGUAAUCAGUGUGGAAAGGCCUUUGCACAGCAAAGUGGUCUUCAGAAGCAUCAAAGAACACAUACUGGAGAGAAACCCUAUAAAUGUAAUGAGUGUGGGAAGGCCUUUGCAGUACACCGUACACUUCAAUUGCAUCAAAGAACACAUACUGGAGAGAAGCCUUAUGAAUGUAAUCAGUGUGGGAAGGCCUUUGCACAGCACAGUGGUCUUCAAAGUCAUAAAAGAACACAUACUGGAGAGAAGCCUUAUGAAUGUAAUCAGUGUGGGAAGGCCUUUGCAGAGCUGAGUGGUCUCCAAAAUCAUAAAAGAACACAUACCGGAGAGAAGCCCUAUAAAUGUAAUGAGUGUGGGAAGGCCUUUGCAGUGCACCGUACUCUUCAAUUGCAUCAAAGAAGACAUACUGGAGAGAAGCCCUAUGAAUGUAAUCACUGUGGGAAGGCCUUUGCACAGCACAGUGGUCUUCAAAGUCAUAAAAAAACACAUAUUGGAGAGAAACCUUAUGAAUAUAAUCAGUGUGGUAAGGCCUUUGCAGAGUACUUUGCAACUGCAUAAAAGAUCACACUGGAAAGAAACCCUAUGAAUGUAAUCAGUGUGGUAAGGUCUUUGCAGUUCACAGUAAUCUUAAGAGGCAUAAAAGAUCUCACUCUUGGUAGAAACCCUACGAAUGUAAUCAGUGUGAUAAGACCUUUCCUGGUUAUUGUAUUCAUCAAGUGCAUAAAACAUACUGGAGAGAAACCCUAUGAUCAUAAUCAGUGUGGUAAAGCCUUUGCAUAACACAGUCACCCUAAUGUCAUCAAAGAACUGUAGAAAGAGCUGUUGGCAGCAUUCCUGCUGCCCGGCUCUUAGCCACCUGGCUAGCUUAUGCCCCAAAAUAACAACACACAAACUGUAUUCUUUAAACACUGCCUGGCCCAUUAGCUCUAGCCUCUUACUGGCUAACUCUCACAUCUUGACUAACCCAUUUCUAAUCAUCAGUGUGGCUUACUGGGAAGGAUUCUAGCCUACGUCCAUCUUGGGCCAGAGCUUCCUUGCAUCUGACCCAGAGAGGAGAGGCAUGGCGAUUGCCUCACUUCCUCCCAGCAUUCUGUUCUGUCUACUCCACCCACCUAAGGGUUGGCCUAUCAAAUGGGCCAAGGCAGUUUCUUUAUUAACCAAUGAAAUCAACAGAUUGACAUAUGACCUUCCCACAUCAAAGAACAAAUACUGUAGCGAAACAGUUUGAAUAAAAUCAAUGUGGUAAAACCUUUUUAUUUCUUAUUAUUUUCAAAAGCACAAAAGAAUACACACUGGAGAGGAAUCCUACAAAUGUCAUCAGUGUGGUAGGGCCUUUGCACAUCACUGUCAUUUUCAAAGGCAUAAAAUAACACACAGUAGAGAGAAACCCUUUGAUUUUAUACAGUGUGCUAAGAUCUUUGCAGAUCACAGUAAUAUUCACAGGCAUAAAAAAACACAUGCUGGUGAGAAACAGUAUGAAUGAAAUCAGUGUCAUAAAGCCUUUUUAUGUCUUAUUCAUCUUCAAAUGUACAAAAGUACACAUUCUGGAAAGAAACUGUGAAUGUAAUUUGUGUGGUAAAUCCUUUGUCACAAUAAUCUCCAACUACAUGAAAUAAACCCUCCUGGAGAGAAACUGAAUUUAAUGAGUGUAGUUUUCAAAAUCAUGAGAAAAAAUCAUAUUGUAGUGAAACUCUUAAAUGAAUUCAGUGUACUACUGUUUUCCACUUUAUACUGGAGUAAAACUUUUUGGUGAUCAGUCUGAUAAUGUUUUUCCAUAUUUCAAUAGUCUUUGGGUACCUGAAGAAGAAAUUGAGGGUUUAUUCUAAAUUAUUUUUUAAGAUAUUAAGCCAAUACACUUAAAGUCAGUUAAUCAACAUUUAUUCUGUAGAAAAAUUUGAUAGUGUCAAUGAUCUGUUCAAGCAUUAUGAUACCUCUUUAUUUUGUUUGCACCAGCAAACUGAUGGCCAAAACCUAAUUUAUGAAUAUAUGAAGUCUUAUGGUUAGGAGAAAGGUCCUUUCAAAGAAACAUACCCUGGUCCUGAAAUGAAAUCCAAAGGAAACACUUUGGCCCUGAAUCUAGAGCUAGUUAAAGAAACAACAUCACCCCCAAAACAGAGCCAAAUGUUAAAAAGUGCCAGUGUAGGAAAGACACUUUGAAUCUAUUAUAUUUGAGUCUAUUUAUAUCAGUUUGAAGUCUGAAAUAGGCACAAACUCAUAAAGAAGAAAUCCCUAUUCAUGAAAACAGUUUGUUAAUGAAUUUAGACUUCACAGUUGUCUUUAGCUUCAAGAAUAAUUGUUUCUCUUCAUAGCCUUAAAGUAAGCAAAUUAUGUACCAUGUUCACUCCAGACUGGUGGAGGAGAUCAUGGCAGUGUGGUUUCUAUUUUGAAGCAUGAGAUAGUCACUAAAGUGUGCUCUGUGUGUGGCAAAUCCAUUUAGUGAAGUUUGUCUUGUAGUCCUUAUAUUCCUUCUGUGACUUUUGUUCAGCUUCUGUUGUGCCUGUACCUAGUGAUAGGUAUUUUUCUACUGUAAUGUAUAGAAUGGAGCCUCCAUCGUAUGAUUGUCCCAUUGGUUAUUGAAAUAUCAGGCCAUGUUUGAUCAUGCUUUACACAUAAGGGUGGUGGGUUCUUGUUCCUGACUUUGAUUUUCAUGUUUUCACAAAUUCCCUUGAAAUUUUGUUUGUUAUUCAUCUUAGCUCAUAUGUCAGUAAGGAUUCAGGGAUACAUUUGAACUCAUGAUGUUUAUGUGUUUUCCUCUUGAGUACAAGUCCAAGGGUAGAUGAUGAACUCCCAAUGUGUGCUGUUUCUUCAAGUGACUUAUCAAUGUUAAUGUUAAAAUGACUGAUAAAAGAAAUUAUAAGAAACAAAUACCUGAUGUGUGUAUUUAAAGAAAUAUUUUAAUUUAUCUUAUAUAGAUGUAAUAAAGUAUGAUAGUCAGCCAUCAACUGUGUAUCUACUAUAAAAAGAUGGGUUCAGAAAGCAGCCUUUUUUUACAGCCUAACAAACACCUUCUCUGGCUGUGGUCUCAGCUAGCCGAUAAGCUUUUGUGCCCCAUAAUGUUUUUUUUUUUUAAUUUUUUUUCAAUUUUUAUUUUUAAGUUUGCGUCUGAUUUCCCUAGAAUCUGGUUUCUAGAAUAAGUUAUGCUUCUGGUUUAUGAGACUUUGGGGGUCUGUCCCCAUAUUUGCCUGACCCCCCUGGACCCAACAUUUUGGUGGUUUGUAUGGGGAUAUGCAAACCUCAUUCUUAGGGGACAUCCCAGUCUCCGGUUUUUGGCAAAGUUUAUUAUUCUGUUUUUGCUCAUUGGUAAGUUUGUGGUUCUGGUGACUGAUGUCUGGACAGUCUGGAUGCUCAAUUAGAUAUAGUGGACAUGCUUUUUAAAAAAAUAUUUAUUUAUUUAUUAUGUAUACAAUAUUCUGUCUAUGUGUAUGUCUGCAGGCCACAAGAGGGCACCAGACCCCAUUACAGAUGGUUGUGAGCCACCAUGUGGUUGCUGGGAAUUGAACUCAGGACCUUUGGAAGAGCAGACAAUGCUCUUAACCUCUGAGCCAUCUCUCCAGCCCCUGUGGGCAUGCUUUUAACCUCAGAGAUGAAGGAAAAUGUGGGAUGGUUUCAUUUCUCCUCUGGUUAGAACUGGAAUGAGAUGACAUGGCCCAACAGGCAGCAUUCCCUCUUCUGUGUCCGCUGGCUUCUUGUCUCCCCAUUUUUAUUUUCUGGUUCUAUUUGUUGUCAGUCUUCUCAUUGUGAUCAUGUGUGAAGGAAUUUUCAUUAUGGGGAAACGCUUCUUCCAAACCUCAGGCUCCCAUGGACCUUGUCCUUUCUCA